AUGUCAACAAACUUAACACCGUCAUCAUUACGUACGUCAGAUCUCGGAAAUUCAGAAUUAACUAAUAACUUGCCAAAUACUACAUCAAUGUCAAAUGCUGAGUUAGAUCUAAGAGAUCUUGGGAAACAAUUAUUAAUUGGUGUUAUACGUGAGGGUUUUGUUGUAAAUGGUAUUUGUUUAUUCUCUCAAGAAUUCUUGUUCUAUCUAACAAGUUCACCAGGAUUCUAG